CAUCUUAUCAGAACCAAAUUAAUCUUGGCGUGCUAUUUUGUGAAGUGAAUAAUUUUCGAAAAUCUUAUACUGAAUUCGGUAAAUUAUGCUUGUCUUUCGUCUCUCGGUUUUUGUGUUCUUCGGUCUGCAGAGAAUGGAAACACGAAAAAAAAGGUUUACUCUGCUGGAUCCCAACAUGCCCGAGCCACUGUUCGAAGAGGUGGUUGUCAAACUGGAACCGGAAGAUUGCGACAGUCUGGUCCCUGAAAGCGAUGAGGAACCGAUUCGAAGGAAGAAAAAGCGACUGAAGCCAGCUUCGAAGAAUCGCAACCGUCAGCGAAUGUCUCGCCAGGUCCAGGUGAAUAUGGAAGAUUUGGAUCGACACUUGGACAAGGACAAGAGCAAGGGUGCCUGGGAACUGGAUCGGGAUGAUGAACCGAUCUUUUUGCCGGAUAACGUUGUUAUCGAUUCGCAAUGUCGGUUUUGUUUGCGCAAACUGGAUAAAAGUCACCUGAACGUUAUUGAACGUUCGCUGAAGGCAAAGAUGCGUUUGGUAUUCAAGAUUCGGAUACAUCCUUACGAUUCGUAUCCAUUUGUUUGUACGAAUUGUACAAAUUUGAUACACAUGUUGGUUGAUUUUCGUGAAGCGUUGGUUAAAUCCAAAAUACUGCUAAAGCAAGAGAAAACCGAACUAGAAGAGGGCAAUUGGGUUGCCCCGGAACAUUUGGCUGCAGCAGCUUUGUGUCGAGAAAUUGUAGAUCAACACAGGAAACGUGUUGAAGAGAUCUACAAUGCUUAUCAACAACGUUUAAAGGAUGCUGAGGAGCUUGAGCAGGGCAAAUUGAAGGAAAUUGCACAAGCUCACUCGGUAGUGAAAAAGUUAGAAAUUGCUGUAGACUUUGCUGUUGAAGAGCCAACCGAUACAUCCUCAUCAGUUUUGGUUAAACAAGAUGAUACCUCACAAGAGAAAGAAGGUAACACUGAUAAUUGGUUUGCAGUGAAAGAAGAAAAUUCUGAUAGUUCUGACGCAGAUAACGUUCAAAAUUUCGAUGAUGACGACUCAGAAGAUGAGGAUUACAAACCAACAGAUUCAAAACAGGAUGUUAUGACAAAAUCUCCCGAUGAGAGCGAUGAAAGUGAUUCGGAUGCAAAACUGAUAGACAUUCCCGUCGUUCGAAAAAGAGGGAGACCUAAAAAGGGCACCGCUCCUGCACCGAAACUGCCGAAAGAGAAACAAGAAAGGAAACCGAGAAAACCUCGAGAAUCUAAGCCGAAGGGUGAGCCCCAAGAUAACUGCGCCACUCAUAGUUUGUGUCCAAUUUGUGGCAAGAGUAUUCACAUCACUUCGAAAGAGGCUCACAUGAAUCAGCACAGUGGGGUCCAGCCAUAUAAAUGUCCAUUCGAGGGUUGUAAUUUAACGUUCUACGGCAAGUACCAUCGAUCUCGGCACAUUAAACGCAUGCACAGCAAUAAUGGUGGGGCACGUACCAAUGAGUGUGAUAUAUGCGGCAAAACCAUUCGAGGAUCACUUGCCGUUUUAAAGCAGCAUCAAUUACGACAUGCUGUUACUGAUAAAAACAUUGUGUGCAACGUUUGCGGGCAGGCGUUUUGGAUGUUGAAAUAUCUGAAAAAGCACAUGAUCAUCCAUACGGAUUUGUUUCCUUACGAGUGUCAGUACUGUGGCAAGAAAUUCAAACACAAAGCUAGUAAAGAUACGCACGAAAAGAAUGUUCACGAGAAAAAGAACAACUUCGGUGCCGCAGUGCGUGAUUUUAGCGGAACAGAGUAUAAUCAGCAAAUGGAUUUGCAAUGCAGCGGAUUUGAACUCAAUGCUGAGUGUAAGGGCCCGGUAGUAGCUUCGUCGAUAGAAUUCAAACCGUCUGAGCCUCCAAUGGUUUGAAGUGAAUCGAAUACCGGAAAUACGAAUUCGCUGAGUGUUUUGUAGGACAUAAGAAGUUAAGAUUUCAGUUCCAAGUACGGUUUUCAACUGAAACGUUGUCACGAUCUGCAAUGAAAUGUAUAAAAGAAUUGAAAUUGGAUUCGGGUGGCUCAAUUUAAAAAAAAACUGGGAUUCUGGAGAUUAAGCAUCCUUUGUGCAAGUUCUUAACAUCUAGAUAUUGAGUAGUGUCAUACUCGAGUUUAUGUAUUUUCAAAAUAUAUGGGCUAUCAUUUGGAAGGCUAGUCUCUAAAACUCCAGACUUGGGAUAUUUUUAAGCCACCCUAUUGAA